UAACUAAUUGCAGGAAUACAUGCAUAUUGCAAAAUAUUAUCAUGUAAUCAAUGACUGCAUGACUAGAAUAAACAGAGAUUGCAAAGAAUUAAAUUAAUUCGGAAACAUCUUCAAGAAUUUGUGCGACAUUGAUUUUGAGCAUGGAGUAAAAUAUGUAGCCAGUAUUGUCCUAAUACAUGAUGAGGGCAGUAACAUAAUGUGGAGACAUCUAUGGGCAGCCUGCAUCAUUGUGACAUCUUAUACGACUAUAGUGUUAUCGGAAGCAUCGAUGAAGAAGCGAAUGUGCCAAAGUUACAAGGAUUGUGCUGUGGGAGAAUACUGCCAUGAAUCAAGAGUCAACCUUGCUGUUCGUGGUGGGGGAAAACAAAAACAUAUAAAGGCUGGAGUAUGCACAGCGGGCAAACUAAGAGAAGAAAGGUGCGAUCCCACAAUACUAUGUCACUGUGGACUUGGCUUUGACUGCAGAGUGCCACCUUCAAGGACAAACAAACUGUUGUUCCAUCAAUACACUUGCCAACUAUCAGACUUUGCAAGGGAUAAGGAGAAGUUUCCAAAACGAUAUUUAAUGCUUCUAAAAUGUGAGAUAAGGACAAAGGAGGGAGAUAAUAUAGAAGCUCCUAUAUUUGAUAGGUGAUGUCACAAUGUCAGGAAUGUAUUUUCAUUUUAUUUAAAGUGACUUGUCAUGUAUAAAUGGGAAAAGUGACAUCAUUGUGACUUGACAUGUAUAAAUGUGAAAAGUGACAUCAUUGUGAGCUGACAUGUAUAAAUGUGAAAAGUGACACCAUUGUGACCUGACACAUAUAAAUGUGAAAAGUGACACCAUUGUGACCUGACACGUAUAAAUGUGAAAAGUGACAUCAUUGUGACCUGACA